AUGAAUGCAGUAAGACGGUUUCAUCUCCGGUCACCAUGGUCCAGCAGGUUCCCAUACUCUCAAUUGAGAGCCGCAAGACGCCUCAAGUCGGACUUUGCCUUUGUUUUCGACAUUGAUGGAGUGCUCAUCAGAGGCAAGAAGCCAAUCGCCGAGGCCAGAUCGGCAUUGGAGCUGUUGAACAAGAACAAGAUCCCCUACAUAUUGAUGACCAACGGAGGAGGCGUGUUGGAGAGGGAGAAAGCCAAUGAAGUCACCCGCAUCACCAACUGCUCUAAAAUCAACCCGCUUCAAGUUGUUCAAAGCCAUACGCCCAUGAAGGCACUAACGAGAGAUAAAAAGUUCCAACGUGUGCUUGUUGUGGGGGGCGAUGGCGACAACUCGAGGCAAGUUGCGUACGAAUACGGGUUCAAAGACGUUGUGAUGCCUAUUGACAUUGUCAAGGCUAACAAAUCGGUCUCGCCGCAUUGCAUGUACACCACCCACGACUUUGAGCUCUACGCCAAACCCGUUGACUUGGACAAACCCAUCGAUGCAAUCUUGGUGUUUAAUGACCCGAGAGAUAUGUCGUCUGAUAUUCAGAUUGUUCAAGAUUUGCUCAACUCGCAAAACGGCGUAUGUGGGACUAAAAGGAGCAUCAAAUCAGUGGCGGACCCUACCGAGCCUUCGAUCCCGAUCUUGUUCAGCAAUAACGAUUACGUUUACGCCAACGAUUUCCCCUUGCCUCGAUUCGGACAGGGAGCAUUCAGGAUCAUCACGGAGACGCUUUACAACCACACCAACAAGCUCGAGCCUCUGCAGAAUCUCCAAUCGUUGAUCAUGGGCAAACCGUUCAAAUUGCAGUACGAUUUUGCUCAUCACGUGCUCAUUGAUUGGAAUGAAAAAAUCCUGUCUGGCGAUACGGAGUCGCAGCAGAUCUUGCCCUAUUUGGGCGAAGUGCCUGAGCAAACCCCGUUCAAGAAGAUCUACAUGGUGGGAGACAACCCCGAGUCCGAUAUCAAGGGCGCGCAUGAUCAUGGGUGGGAGUCCGUGUUGUUGAGAACGGGCGUUUACAAGGACGAAGACUGGGAUGACAUUAUUGCGAGACCUAGCGUUGGAGUGUUUGACAAUGUCGAGGACGCUGUAAAGCACGUCUUGAGGGCAAACGGUGUUUCUGCGUGA